AUGAAUAUCUGGCUCUCUGUCCAUUCGCUCGUUGUAGGCUUUGGCGGACGACCGCCGUGGCUUAGGUUCGACAGACCACUUAGGCAUAGCGGCAAAAACUGGAUACAUCAAACUUUGCUUUCGAUGCUUACAUGUGGUCGCGUGAUGAAAAGCUCCUUACCAUGGCCUAAAAGGCAGGUUUUGGCAUGUGAUGGACGAUAUGAAUUGACGUAUCCAACAUCUCCGAAAGCAAAUUUCAAGCCGGCUAGUCCGCGGUCUGAAAGACCAAGAAAGGAGUCUGAAGGCAGUUCCCUCUAGCACUCAUACAAACCAAUAGGCCUCAGAAAAGAGGAAGACAAAUCGGGGAUGAGAUGGUCGAAAUCUAUUGUUGCUGUGAGUUGCGCGUCUGAGAAUCCGCAGUCGUUGCCAUUUUGGACGAUGUGGCUUGAUUUUGUACUCCGUAUGUUGAUUGUGUAGGAAAAAAGAAAGAAAAAGAAAAAGAGAAGUCGAGUCGAGAAAAUGCCCCGCUCAGUUUUUGUUUUUGCUAAUCAUCACGGCAGUGCCCGUGAUGACUUUGAUGUACUGCAACACUUUGAGAUUUACGACAGCACAAUAGCCUACUCCGUAUAUGGAUGACUGAUGCACCAGCAGGUCGCCAGAGGAUAAACUCUCAUAUUUUGCACUUGAAGAACAACGGGAUUGCGCAUCCUUACCUCGUCAACUAGACCGCCCAAGGCGAGGAAUCAUUAUCGACAAUCACAAGGUGUGGCGUUCUUGAGCGGUCAGCUAGCUGGGCUUGGAAAUGAUCUAGCCAAACCCUACGGAGUAAAGGAGAGAAAACAAGAAGAAUAAAAAAGAAACUAUACAGCAAUUAGGGUGCCAUCAAAACCAUGGCGGACGACCUCUUCGCAAUCAACAUCUCGGGGGACGAGGACGACAACAGCCCCCUGGCAGACCAGCAGUGCCCCGCCGCCAAGCCCCAGAGCAGACAGGACAAGCUCAGGCAGACCGAGGAGGCGUUCCAGGCGCUAAAGGCGACGUAUAGUCCCAAGAUACAGAAUGGCGAUAUCCAACACCAAAUAUCCUUCCCCUUGACACCGGCAUCGUCAACAACAACCACCGUCUCCAAGAUGCUGUCCCAGGACCUCGUCCACGCCGUCGAGGAGCUGUAUUUUUACCGCCGGUAUGCCGAGGCGGCCGAAUUUGCCGGGCGGGUCCUCGCGCAGCCCGAGGUCUUGGAUGCCGACACUAGGACCCUAUUGACCAGGUACCAGGAGAGGUGUCGGUUGAAAACGGAAGGUUAAAAUUUUUGCUUUUUGGUGGUGGCGCUGGCGAUCCAAAGGAAGGGCGGUAGGGGAGUUUGGCGAUCUCGACCGGGCCAAAGGGGACCCCUCCCGAAAGGCAGCGCCGAUCCCGCUUCCCGGGCGAGCGGAGUGAUGUGGGGGUCACUCUUUUUUUGUUUUCAGUCUUUGGAGGAGUCAGAAUCACAAGAAAAAAGCAUUGCAUUUUCAGACAAUCGAAUUACGUAGACCACAUAGUUUUGAGUGAAGAGGUUUCUAUUUCACUAACUGGUAA